UUUGGAAUUGUGUAUUUGUUGAUUUUUGUUCUUAGAUUUAGGGCAUCAUCAUCUUCUUCUAACACCCGAACUCCUGUUCAGCACUUCUGCUGGUCAGCUCCGACUCCGAUUCCGAAUCCCAUACUGAGCUGCUUCUCCUCCAAAAUUAAAAGGCCUUCGGUUCGAGUGACUUCGGAGUUCGACAACGACUCGUCGGUCUUCUUCCACAAGGUGUCUUGCAAGCUGUUCGAUAGCGUGGCUAAGCUGAAGGUGUUGUUCAACAACAACCACAAGGGUGCGGUGUCUCCGCCUCAGGUGUCAUUUAUCUCUCAGUACCUCUCCAUUCACUACAACUUCGAAGAUCAGUCUACCCUCCCCAACAGCUCCGUCGAUGUUGGUCCCAGAUUGCAAUUCCGUGCUUCCCAUGAUCUCAAGGCACAACAAGGAGAGGCAACUAUGGUUGCGAAGCUUGCUGACCCUGGAUAUGCAUUUCAACUCUCUUCUUCUUUCCAUUCUGCUGGUUUGGUGAGUCAAAUAUAGCAUUUUUGGACACACUAGCUUUCAACUGUCAUCUGCGACCUGCCAUUCCAUUUAGACAUGCUUUCUUUGUUUGUUUAAAUUCUUAGCAAGUUACUCGAACUAGAUGCAGUAAAGACUCUGAGGCUAAGAUUGGUUGAGGAUGUAUCUCUUGGAGGUCUACUGCUCUGAGGUUCAGUAUUAUUGCACAGUUGUUUUUGUUUUUGCACAUUUGAUCUCUCUGAAACAUGCCUCAUCAUUUAUGAUCUGUCUUGCUGAGUUUUGAUAAGUCAAGAUUCAUCAUUUGAAUUUCCGUUGGUCAAUUUGUUCUUUGAUGUGAUUGCACUGUAUUACAGGUUGUUCCAGUAUGCAUAUGUAUAUGUAUAUAUAGUGACAAAUAGAAAAGUAGCCACCUUUAAGUAGUUCACUAUCUUUCUGUUGCAGCUACCAAAAUGAUCAUAGUAAGUUUUAUUCCCUUAAGUAUUUUUCUGGUGCUUGAAGCCAAAAGCUACCCUUAAAUUCCCCCUUGGUGAAGUUACUUUGGAGGAAAAAGAAGAGGAGGAGACGAACAAAAUGUUGUCUAUAAAUGGCAUUGUUAAAGGCCAACUUUUGAACGGGCUCUGCACU